AUGUCUUCCAACGAGAACGACGUACCCUCCGACGAGGUCCAAGACAACGAAUACGCCAGCCGCACCGGCCAGAAAGAACACAUCCCCGUCCAGAAGGACGAAGAGAACGUCGAAGCGGGAGGGUACGAGGAUGCCGAAGUCGCGGAUUCGGACGCCCAGUUAGGUCGGUAGAUCCCCAAUCCUCUCUCCUCUCCUGUGCACACACUGACCGAAUUGCGAUAUGCAAAGACCGCGAUGACAAAGAUGCCAUCGACAAGGACAACAUCGUACAAGGACGCACGAGGGGAGCGGCGAAGGAAAAGGGAGGCUAUAGAGAGCCUGGGGAUGAUGAGGGAAUUCCGGCUGACGAGUAUAAAUAA